UUAGGUGCUUCACAUAAGUGGACAAAUCGAUAUCAUAUGUCACGAGCUCAAAAUUAUUUCUGAUGAAGUUUCUCUUUAUGGAUCUUCCAAAUCUACGUUAGAAACGCUAAUCAAGAGACAUAACAGAGUCAUUUUAUUUUCCAACAAUAUCGACAAACUUUUCUCCUUUAUGGCGUUAAUGCAAGUGUUUGGGAAUACUUUAGUCAUUUGCUGCCUAGGAUUCAUUGUCGUAAUAUCCGUUGGUAAUGAAAAUAGUGUCUUCAUGUUGGUAAAGAGUGCUAUUGUUUAUGUUGCCGUGAUGGUAGAAGCUUUCAUCUUUUGCUUCGCUGGAGAAUACCUCAGCCAUAAGAGUAAAUUAAUUGCUGAUGCAGCGUACGAAUCAUUGUGGUACGAUAUGCCGUUAAGUCAAGAUGAUGAAAGCGUCGGCAUCGUAUAUAUCUGUCUUAAAUGCAAUGUAUUAAUGUUAACAAAAAAAUCAACAGCAAUUUGUUGA